UCCUUCAAUUUUUUCAGUCACGUGUACUUUUUCUUCCUCCUGAGUUUUCCAAAUCACUGGAAACCUUUAUGUUUCCGCGAUAAUAUACCUUCGCCAAGCUCCAGGACAGACUGAGUGAGUAAGAGGUGCACCAUGCCAGGACUGGUGGUGUUUGGGCGACGUUGGGAGAUCGCCAGUGAUGAUCUGCUGUUUCCUGGGGGACUGGAGAUCUUCAUCAGGGCCAUCUGGCUCCUGGCAAUAUCGAUUGUCUACAAUGAACACAGGGAUGUGCUGAAAUGUGCUGAUGGUAACCUGCUGGCAGCAUAUCUUAUAGGGGUUAUCGUACAACUGUGUCUCAUUAUUGUCAUCAAUGCCUGGAUAGUCCAUGUCAGCAUGCAAGGGACCAUCACCAACUACAGGCCUAGAAAACAGAUGCCGUCAUUGCUGUAUGUACGCUUCGCACUUUAUAUACCAGAGCUGGCCUGGGACAUCAUCGGGACAUACUGGACAUUCCGGGACCACGUGGGCUGUGACAGGGACGUGGUGGCCAUCGUGGAGGGAGCGGUCAUUUUCAGCUGGAUUGUUCUGGUUCUCACGGCGGUUGGGAUCGCGGUGAUCUUUGACCCGUUGGGAUCCAGGAACAGGUUUUCUUACUGGCCGGAGGAGCGGCCGGGGCUGGAGAGUGGCGAGACUGACCAGCUCAUCACGUCUGCACGCUCCGCAGCAGCAAGGGUCUGGGAAAACAGAUGUAAAGUGCUGUGCUGUUGUGCAGGUUUUGAUGAACACAGUCAGAAUGCCUUCAGUGAUGUCGCACAGGUCAUAUCAGAUUUCUUUCAGGAUGUUGAUUUGACCCCCAGUGACAUUGCAGCAGGCUUGGCUCUCCUCCAACAAGAGCAGGACAGACACAGUAUCACCAGAGACCCCAUGUCCAUAGUCACCACCCAGCCAAACCCCCAAGGGGACCCUCGGUUGGAGGAUCUGGGACUAGUUGCCCACUACAUGAAGUUUGCCAUGGCAGCGUACGGCUGGCCCCUGUAUGUCUACUCAAACCCCCUGACAUCACUGUGUCAGCUCAGUACUGAAUGCAGCUGUUGCAGCUGCACAUCUGGACAGGUGGAAGGUGGGGCACUGAUCAUGUCAGACAACUGCUGCAGGUGUAACCUGGCUGGGAUCCUCCAGCACACAGGACUCAUGGCCACAGAUGUGGUCUAUGCAACAUUCCACAACAAGGUUUAUGAGAUCCCGUUUUUUGUUGCCCUGGACCAUGACAGGAGAUCAGUAGUUGUGGCAGUCCGAGGGACCCUCUCUCUCAGGGAUGCCUUGACUGACUUGUCUGCAGAGAGUGAGACCAUUGAUAUAGAAGGGGUGGACGGAACCUUUGCUCACAAGGGAAUCCUGCAGGCAGCCAGCUUCAUCCACAAAAAGUUAGAGGAGGAAAAUAUCCUUGCCAAUGCUUUCUGGAAGGUGCCGGACUACAGCUUGGUUGUGGUAGGACACAGUCUGGGAGCAGGUGCUGCCUCUCUGCUGUCCAUCCUGCUCAGACCUGCUUAUCCCAGGCUCUUCUGUUAUGCUUACUCACCCCCUGGGGGACUCAUGAGUAAGUCUACAGCAGAGUACACCAAGAACUUCACCUGUUCUGUAGUACUUGGGAAAGACUUGGUCCCCAGACUUGGCAUCUCCACUAUGGAAGACCUCAAGUCUAAACUCAUCACUGCAAUAAACAGCAGUGAUCAGCCCAAGUACAAGAUCCUUGUAGGUGGUGUGUGGUAUACGCUGUGUGGCAGUGCAGACCAAGCCACACCUUCAUCCACCACUGCCUCAUCACCAAACUUAAGCCAGCCUCUAUUGGACGAAAUCACCAGCAUGCCUCCUGGAGCUGCUUACACUAGCCAACCAGAUGACAGCUCACUAAGACGACAGGGAGAAGCUACCCAAAGCCAAGUGGCCCCACUGUACCCACCUGGUCACAUCAUUCACAUUGUAGAAGUUGAGCCUGCAAGUUCCUGCCUGAGUCAGCCUACAUACGGAGCUGUCUGGGUCGACAACGGCCAUUUCAGUAACAUCAUCGUCAAUCCCAAAAUGCUGAGUGAUCACAUGCCUGACGCAGUAAUGAAGGCCUUGGACCAGCUGGUACAAGUACAGGCAAGAGGACUGCAGCCUUUCCUGCAGCGCCGCAGCCAGCCUGUUGUGUAGGAGAAAGGACUGCAGUCUGUUGUGCAGGAGAGAUCUGCAGUCUGUUGUGCAGGAGAGAUCUGCAGUCUGUUGUGCAGGAGAGAUCUGCAGUCUGUUGUGUAGGAGAAAGGACUGCAGUCUGUUGUGCAGGAGAGAUCUGCAGCCUGUUGUGUAGGAGAGAUCUGCAGUCUGUUGUGUAGGAGAAAGGACUGCAGUCCGUUGUGCAGGAGAGAUCUGCAGUCUGUUGUGCAAAAAAAGAGAGAUCUGCAGUCUGUUGUGCAGGAGAGAUCUGCAGUCUGUUGUGUAGGAGAGAUCUGUAGUCUGUUGUGCAGGAGAGAUCUGCAGUCUGUUGUGCGGGAGAGAUCUGUAGUCUGUUGUGCAGGACAGAUCUGCAGUCUGUUGUGUAGGAGAGAUCUGCAGUCUGUUGCGUAUUUGUUGCAGUAAAGUUUGUUUACAGUGCAGCACAUAUCUCUGUAUGUACCUUGUAUGUAUAGAGGAAACUUCAUCAACACAAGACAAGUACAGGGGCUUUCUUAAGGUCCUCUACAACCAUAGAUACACAAAAAAUGGAUACAAUGAUUUCAACAUAGUAAUAACAAGGUAUAUUGCGUACAUGUAUAUCAAUACAUUAGACGUAUCUACCAGUUGCAGCUCAUAAGAUCUUAACAUUUUCUAAUAGAUUUAUGUACAUGUAUUUGCACAUUGUAAGGAUUGUCUACUUGUAAAAUAUAAUUAAGUUUAUCUGAAGAUAAGAAUUAUGUCCCUGCAGCUGGUUUUACCUACUGAAGACAGAAUUAUGCAAAAAAAUGCAGUAAAAGUAGACUGAGGAAAAGUUAUUUUGAAGGAUCUAUGACUGUGUAUGUGUAUGAUAUUGUAGUUUGAACAUUGACAUUUGGUUUGUUGAUUUGAUUGGAUAUUGUAUAAUUAUACAAAUUGUACACUAUGUAACAGAUGUUAUUGUUACCAAGUGUGUAUAUACUUGUACAGGGAAUUAUGACAUGUUUGGGUUUCAAAUCUGUACUGCCUUGUAACUUCAUGCAGCAAGGUUUUAUUGAAUGAUGUUUUGCCUGAAAUGAGUUAGAAACCAGACACCUUUACAAUGUUGCUGUAGCAGAAA